AAAUAGACAUGAAAAAAUGAUGGAGAACCUUAAACCCUCUCAGCUGCUCUGCUGCUGCAUCUAAAACGAAAAGGAAACAAAACAGAGAAAAAAGCCUGGGAUUCCCGGUGGGAUAAGUCCCCUGCGCGCAGGUGUAACAUGAUGCAAGCUGAUAAAUGGUGAUGGAGAAAAGGGCUGAGAAUAUGAAACCAAGCGGCUGUUCCUGCGCGACACCCAGCAGACAACAUGCUCAGGACCAUGGCCGCAUUCCAGCUGCUCUAUCUGCUGUGGGCCAGCUGUGCGCUAGCAUCCGCACAUCCUUCCCGACACCUCGCUCCAUGCCAAGUUGUCCAGAUGGAUGUGAUCUGCAGUGAUCUGAGUCUUAGAAGUGCACCGGUCAACCUUCCUCAGGGAGUCCAGAUGCUGGACCUUUCUCGGAACCAGGUUCAAAACCUUACGCUUGAAACAUUAGCCUUUCACACCGGCUUCCAUCAACUGAACCUCCAUUCCAACAAGAUCCACUUCAUCCAGCCUGGACUCUUCAAAGACAUGAAAGACCUCAGAGUCUUGGAUCUGUCCAGGAAUCACCUGAAUGUUUUUGCACUCUCUAAAAUAAACGUCGGACCUCUUUCAUCCGUGGAGUCGUUGGACCUCUCAAGCAAUGGGUUAUACACGGGAAUGUCCGACUAUUUCCUGGCCGAAUCUCCGUCUUUGGUCAACCUUUCCUUAAACAGCAACAGCAUCACAAAAAUAACACAGAACACCUUCAGCGGAUCGUCAAAGUUAAGGAAAAUUAGCCUCCACAAUAACAUCAUCCUGGAAAUAGAAGAUGGAGCUUUUGAGUCUCUAGAUCAGCUGACGGAGCUCGAUUUGUCCAAGAAUUCAAUCAGCUGCAUCACAGACUUUAAUCUUUACAACUUGGCUGUUCUGAACCUCAGCAAGAACAGUUUGGAGUUUUUCCAAAGUGCCAAAUCAGAGGAUUUCUUCAGGCUUCACUCUCUGGAUCUGAGCGAAAAUAAAAUGCUUUCCCUCCCCCUCCUUCCGGAGAAUAACGUGCUGGAAUUUCUGAACGUUUCUCGGAACCACAUUCAGACACUCAACAGCACCGGGACUCUAAUGUACGACACACAUUUAAGAUUAAAUUCUUUAAAAUACCUGGAUAUGAGUUACAACAAACUCAAAAGCUUACCAGAGACUUUGUUUACCAACAUGACCUCCCUGGAGGUCCUCAAUGUGAGUCACAACUGCAUCAGCUCGUUUUCUGUUACGUCUGAAGAUCUUCUGCACCGGGCGAAGAUCAUCAAUCUAAGCCAUAAUUCCCUACAAAGUUUGACGUUUGGGGAAAACUCCCUCCGCUCCCUGAAAAAAUUGCUCCUACAGGGAAACGACCUUACGGUCCUAGACCAGCAAGUUUUCCAAAGACUGCCGAGCAUCAAGUACCUCCAGCUCCAGCAGAACAAUCUCCAAAUCUGUGAAUCGGAACGAAACCAGCAUGAAUCAACGCUGAUGGUCCGAAACGACCAGGAUCCAACCGGCUGUGUGUCUUUCUCAUCUAUCCACGAACUACGCUUCCUGUAUCUGUCUGAAAAUAAUCUGAGGACCCUCCCUGCAAAGGCGUUUGUAAACACCCCUCUGAAGUUACUAGACUUGUCCCUAAAUCCAGGCCUAGAAAUGCACAGGGACUCCAUGUUUGGUUUGGAGCGUUCAUUGGUCCACCUGCUCCUUAGAGAGAACAACAUGUCGAGCCUAAACACAGACCUCACUUCCCUGCAGAGCCUCAAACACGUCGACCUGUCCACCAACCAGCUGAACACCCUACCGACCUGGAACAAGGAGUCCGCCAUCGAGUCCCUGAACCUACGGAACAACAACCUGGUCAGCCUGGACCAAUCCACCAUCCGCGCCUUGGAGCGCUCCCUAAAGACCCUCUACAUGGGCUCCAACCCGCUGAGCUGCUGCGACAACCUGGGCUUCCUCCACAUGGUGCAGCACUCCACGGUCGUCGUUCCCGACAUCGGGACUGUGACUUGCGUCCACGAAGGCUCUCCAGAGCCCGUGAAUAUCGAGAAGGUGACGCGGGAAAUGUGUGACCUGCCAGACGCCCCAAACUACACAGCGGCUGUAGUAGUGACGUUGUUACUUGUGUUAAUCCUGCUGGGGGUGCUGGUCAGAUGUUUCCGAUCACGGAGACGGAAGCGCAGCAGAGGCUUCCACGCAUAGCAGGAACAAUCAAAUUCAUACAUGAGACCUUUAAAGGAUUUUAAUGUGAAUGUUUAACUUGGUGCUUCUCAGAGACGCUAAAGACUAUUUAAAGCUCUGAGUUUGGACCUCAACUACAAAGAUCCAACAGCGAUGGAGAAAUCUAGCUGUUACACUGGAAAAAAUUGUCAUUUUUACUUAAAAUAAGUGCCUUUGUAUUUGGAUUAAGGAGGUAAAACAGACAUUUUGCCAAUGGAACAAGACAAUUUACAUUGAAAAUAAGAAAACACAA